AUGAAAGAUCAAGAAGGCCGGUGUCAAAAGGAGACAAUUUUCGUUCAAGGUAUCCAGGGUUUCUUCUCGAAAGUCGGCGACGCUGUCUGCUAUGCUCCGUGGACUUUUAUUAUUGUAAGCACGGCGUUUUCUUGUGCUUUAUCGGCGAUCAUUCCUUUUCGAGAAAUGGAGAACAACAUCUCGGAUUUCACGCCAUACCAAGCGAGAAGUCGACAAGAGUUGCAGAUCUACGAAAGUUUUUUCUCGGAUCGAGGCGAGCCGAAAGUCGUCUAUGCGUUUAUUCGACCGAAAGAUGGAGAGAAUUUGCUGACAAUCGAGGCGCUCAAUCAAACGAUUCAAGUAAUGGACAAGAUCAACUACGAUUUUUACUUGAAAACAUCAAAAGGAAAGGAAAAUUAUCAAGAAUUUUGUCGAGGAUUUUGUUUAAUCAAUGAGCCGGUCAGAAAUUUUGCGAAAGGCUUUUUCUUGAACAAUGGCUCACUCUCGGGCUCAUCACAUGUCGAUCUCGGAUAUCCAGUCACUGUUGUACUUGGCCGAAAGCUGUAUAUGGAUCCGAAUUUCUUCGGAGUCAAGAUCGCGAUCCCCAGCAAGAAUAGCGAAAAGGAGGAAAUUGUGGAAGUUGCUGAGGCGACAAAGGACAUCAACAAUUCGCCCCAAAUUAGCAACAAUAUCCGCCAUUUGGGGCUAAUCGUGCUUCAGUUUCGAGCAGAGAUCGGUGAUGAGAUCGAUCCCGAGGCUUUGAAAGAGUACGAAAUGGAAAUAGCUCGAUAUUUUCACAAAGUUGAAUACUCAUCGAUAAGCGUGCACGUGUUAACGGAUAAUUUGAUCACUACAGAAAUCGUUCGUGCUGGUUUAACACUGUUACCAUUCUUGGGAAUCGGCUUUUUGAUUAUGACGAUUUUCACGACGACAACUUUUUGGAUCUCGGCAAGGAGUCUUGGACAAUGGAACAAGUAUAAAAUCCUAAUUGCACUUACGGCUUGCAUUUUGCCUUUCAUGGCGUGUGGAACAACAAUGGGCGCCAUGUUUUUGUUUGGGUUUAGAUUCGGCUCAAUCCUUUGUGUGACCCCAUUUCUCGUAUUGGCAAUCAGUGUUGAUGAUGGUUUUCUUGUGAUGAACUCAUGGCAAAGAAUCUGUCACCAUCGAAGAAAACACAACGCAAAACGAGAAGACAUCGACGAGGAUCUCCGCUCGAGAAUGAGGGAAAUGCUGAUUGAAACGGGUCCCUCGGUGACAAUCACCUCAUUGACGAAUGCAUUGGCCUUUGGAAUCGGUGCACUCACUCCCACUCCCGAAAUUCAACUAUUCUCUAUUGGAAACGCUCUCGCUGUGACUUUUGAUUACAUUUAUCAGUUGACGAUUUUCACUGCGCUUAUGGCUGUCGUCGGGAGAUGGGAAUUGGAAAACGAAAGAAAAUCCCUCAAAUUUGUCGACUAUGAGACGCAGCACUCGACCUCGGAAAGCUCAUCCAGUACAACCGGGACAAAGAAAAUCGUCAAAGUGUACUGUAAAGUGCUCACCGAUCGCUACACGAUUAUGUCGCUGAUUUUCUUGCUGGCUGUAUAUUGGUAUAUUUCGAUUAGUGGCACUCUCAAAAUCAAACCCGAACUCGAUCCGCAAAGGCUUUUUCUAGAGAAAUCUGAUAUGCAAUUUAUUUUCAACGCAAGAAAAGUGUUCAUCGCACCGAAUUAUGCGACUUGUUGGGUUCUCAUCAAUAAUCCAGGGGAUAUUCGAAAUUCGACAAAUCGACGAAAAUUGCGCGAACUCGUUGACGAAUUUGAGGCUCUUCCAUCAGCGCUUGGGAAAUAUUCAACAAAAUUCUUUCUUCGAGAUUACGAGGAAUUUCUCCAACAAGCUGAUGAAGCUGAAUUCGAGGAGGAAAGUAUGGCUCUGAAAACACAAGAUGAUUUGGGAAAAUUUCUUGCUUGGCCGGAAUUCUCUUUUUGGAAGGGAUUCUUGCAGACAGCGAAUUCAAGCAAUGGUUUGGUGAUUGAUCGUUUUUUCUUUAUCACUGCUUUUCAUGGAGCGGAAUUAGUGGAUUGGUCGAAGAGGGCUGAGUUGUUGAAUGUCUGGAGAGGAGUGGCUGAUAGGCAUCCGUCCCUCAAUAUCACCGUUUAUGAAGAUGAUGCCCGAUUUCUUGAUCUCAUUGAAACAAUGAUCCCGACCACCUGGCAAUCAGCCCUUCUCACACUCAUUUGUAUGUUCUUCGUCACAUUGUUGUUCAUCUCUGAUCCACCAACUCUUUUCGUCGCCACUUUCUCAAUUCUUUCAACGUGUGUUGGUGUCUUUGGCUUGGUGUCGUGGUGGGGAGCCGAUCUAGAUCCGAUUCUAAUGUCGGCCACAGUGAUGUCAAUCGGUUUCGCUGUCGAUAUCCCAGCUCAUAUCAGUUAUCAUUAUUUUCAAACAAGUAAACAAUUUCCUUCGGUCAUUCAUCGACUCGAGCACACCAUUUCUGCUGUCGGGUUCCCGAUUUUGCAGGCCUCAGUCUCAACGAUUCUCUGCGUUUUGAGUCUCUUCCUCGUUGAUCUUCACAUGUCUCAGACCUUUGCGAAAACCUUAUUCUUGGUGGUUUUCCUUGGAGCGAUUCAUGGAUUGAUUGUGAUGCCCGUUUUGUUUAAUUUAAUCUCCUGGGUGCCAAGAAGGAAAGGAAAAGUGUUCAUUGCUGAAGAAAAUAACACCACAAUUGCUACAAGACACAUUAGC